AGCGGAAGCUCAGUCAGAGGAAGGAGGCGGGUGGAGGGAGGGCGUUUGAACGCCUGCCAUUGGUGAGCUUACCAAAGGCAUCUGCCAGUGGGACUUCAAUGGAAUGUGAAACCAAAUCAUUUUCAAGUUAAAGAUAGACACAGUAUACACCAGGAUCUAGAAGCUGGAUUUUAAACUCCUAUCGCUCCCUAGAAUUUGAGAGAGUUCUGUUAUGAUCUCUGUAGUAAUUAACAAUUUGGCCAAAGUUGGUUUUUCAAGUGACUGUGCUAAGAAUUCAUGUAUGGUCUGGAUGUCCUGGAAUGAAAAGGAUUUGGGAGCUCCUGGUGUACAUACUCUAGGAUAAAUAAGAUUUGCCAAUCCCUGGAUGAAGUGCUUAGGAAAUCUUUAGAUGCCAUAGUCAACUGCCAUUUCAAAGAAGAGAAAAUAGAUGGUUUUGGAAAGUUCAUGCUGUUUCUUCACUGAAUUUUAGAAUGAUUGAAGAUAGUGGGAAAAGAGGAAAUACCAUGGCAGAAAGAAGACAGCUGUUUGCAGAGAUGAGGGCUCAAGAUCUGGAUCGUAUCCGACUCUCCACCUACAGAACAGCAUGCAAGCUUAGGUUUGUUCAGAAGAAAUGCAACUUGCACCUGGUGGACAUUUGGAACGUCAUAGAAGCAUUGCGGGAAAAUGCUCUGAACAACCUGGACCCGAACAUAGAACUCAGUGUGGCCCGCUUGGAGGCUGUGCUAUCCACCAUUUUCUACCAGCUCAACAAACGGAUGCCAACCACUCACCAAAUCCAAGUGGAGCAGUCCAUCAGCCUCCUGCUUAACUUCCUGCUGGCAGCCUUUGAUCCGGAAGGCCAUGGUAAAAUUUCAGUAUUUGCUGUCAAAAUGGCUUUAGCCACAUUGUGUGGAGGGAAGAUCAUGGACAAAUUAAGAUAUAUUUUCUCCAUGAUUUCUGACUCCAGUGGGGUGAUGGUUUAUGGACGAUAUGAUCAGUUCCUGCGGGAAGUUCUCAAACUACCCACAGCCGUUUUUGAAGGUCCUUCAUUUGGUUACACAGAGCAGUCAGCGAGAUCCUGUUUCUCUCAACAGAAAAAAGUCACCUUAAAUGGUUUCUUGGACACGCUCAUGUCCGACCCUCCCCCCCAGUGUCUGGUCUGGCUGCCCCUUCUGCAUCGACUGGCGAAUGUGGAAAACGUCUUCCACCCGGUCGAGUGUUCCUACUGCCACAGCGAGAGUAUGAUGGGGUUCCGCUACCGGUGUCAGCAGUGUCACAACUACCAGCUCUGUCAGGACUGCUUCUGGAGGGGCCACGCCGGCGGCUCCCAUAGCAACCAGCACCAAAUGAAAGAGUACACGUCCUGGAAAUCCCCUGCUAAGAAGCUAACUAAUGCAUUAAGCAAGUCUCUGAGCUGUGCUUCCAGCCGUGAACCCUUGCACCCCAUGUUCCCUGACCAGCCUGAGAAGCCACUCAACUUGGCCCACAUUGUGCCGCCCAGACCUGUAACCAGCAUGAAUGACACCCUCUUCUCCCACUCAGUCCCCUCCUCAGGAAGUCCUUUUAUUACCAGGAGCUCUCCUCCCAAGGACAGUGAAGUAGAGCAGAACAAACUGCUGGCUAGGGCUGCUCCAGCUUUUCUGAAGGGCAAAGGGAUACAAUACAGCCUGAAUGUGGCAGACAGGCUAGCUGAUGAACAUGUUCUCAUCGGGUUGUAUGUCAACAGGCUCCGGAACAACCCAUCAUGUAUGCUUGAGAGUUCAAACCGGCUUGAUGAAGAACACAGGCUGAUCGCCAGGUACGCGGCCAGACUGGCGGCAGAGUCCACUUCCUCGCAGCCAACUCAGCAGCGGAGUGCUCCUGACAUCUCCUUCACCAUUGAUGCAAACAAGCAGCAGAGGCAGUUGAUCGCAGAGCUAGAAAACAAGAACAGAGAAAUCUUACAGGAGAUCCAGAGGCUGCGGCUAGAGCAUGAACAAGCCUCUCAGCCCACCCCAGAGAAGGCGCAGCAAAACCCCACUCUGCUGGCCGAGCUCCGGCUCCUCAGACAGCGCAAGGAUGAGCUGGAACAGAGAAUGUCUGCUCUCCAGGAGAGCCGGAGAGAGCUAAUGGUCCAGUUAGAAGGCCUCAUGAAACUACUAAAGGAAGAAGAACUGAAGCAGGGAGUAAGUUAUGUUCCCUACUGCAGGUCUUAACUAACUGUGGAGGGGCCUGCCAUCCUGCUGUUUUUCUCAUUGCUUUUGCCUCUAAUGUAUGUUCAUGCUUCAGUUUGGAAAGAGAAAAAAAAAAUCAUACUAAUUUGCUUCCUUUUCAAUGUAGUGCUUGAAUGGACACAUAUAAAAUUUAGCGUUUUUUAUAACUAUUACUACUGUCGGCAUCAAAACAAGAGCUAUUACAUCUUUUAGAAGAGGGAAAAAAAUUGUAAUUCGUUGGGACCUUCCUAGAUCUCCAGCAGUCUAUGUUUCAAACCCGUCUCAUGCUUUUCUGGGUUGUUGAUCAGACUCUUCUCUUAGUAGAGAGACACCCACCACCGCCACUAAAGUUACACUAGGAGAAACCCGCAGCACUCAAGCUACCCUCUACAUCCUCUCAAGCUGUUGACCAUUUAGUUCAGUUUCCAUUUUAAUGGAAAGGUGUGGGACCUCUUUGUAUAAAAGUCAGCUAAUUGCAUCUCUUUUCAUUGCAUAAUUAUUAAGCCCUGUCCUCCCCAUCUCCAAAAUGUAUUCAAUCUAAGAGAAACACUGUACUCAGCAAGUGUUCACUUCCUGAGAUUGUUUAGUUCUUGCAAGCAGAAUUCCUACCAUUGGUUCAAAAUAAUCUCAAAAGAACAGGUAACUUUCAGCCUUGCUCUUAUCACCAAGAACCUUCCUGCUCUGGGAGUUCACAAGGCCCUUACGUAUGUCUUCUCUGGAAACAGGAGCACUGUGACUCUCUAACCGUAGUCUAAACUGGAACCCUAUGCCUGACCCUGUGGUCAGGUCCAGAUCCAGCAGAGGAAGUAGCAUACUCAAAAAAUAACAAUAACAAAAUAGAAGCAAAAUAACAGCAGCUUUAAUGUCAAGUGCAUGUACCAAGCUGUGUAUGACAGUAUAUCCCACUUGCUAGUGUUAUCAGCAAGUUUCAUAUUAUUUCCUGGGAUCGAUUAGAACCACAGCCUGUCCGAUUUCAACGUAUCUUUUAUUCUUCUGUAUUCUCUUUCCUAUUAUUCAUUGUGUGUGUUUGUGUGUAACAAAGAAUGUUUGCAAAAUGCUGGACACAUUUUUACCUUUCAUUCCCACAGUCUGUAAAAAAGGAAAGUGUGAAACUAAUCUGUAAUGUCAGACAAUAAAGACAAUGUAUGACACUAUUUUGUAUUUUGUGAAAAAAAUUACUUGAGUAGAGUCAAAUCUGAAGGAGAGCUAGUCCCCCGUGGGCCAAGGACGGACUGUAAACUUGUUGCCUGUAAAGCCCCACACGGGGCAUUGCUCUUGGACUUCCACCACACUUAGAUCAUGCUAGAGAAAAAUGCCUUGCUGGGCUAGCAGCUUCUCUUUACAACAGCCUCUUUUCUUUCCUGUCUCUGACUUAGCAUGUGCACAGAAAAGGGGAAAAAAGGCUCACCUAUAACCUUCUUCCACUUAGUGGAGAGAGAGGGCAACCAUCCUCUAGUCAGUCAGCCUCGCUUGAGCCAGAGGACCCCUUUCCCGCCUCUUCCCAGGCCACCCGUUCUGGAAAGGCUCAGUGGACCAGUGGGUUCACAAAUCCAUGGCUGCCCAGAGCCAAAGCGCGGCUGCAGGCCUAGAGCAGUAUACUGCCUCCUUGCCUUCCAGCUCUUCCCACGGAGCCCUCCACGGCUCCGCGUCUCGGAGGCAGCCCGCAGCUGGGUCCUGCUGCAGAGGCUCUAAAGGGCCCUCAUUGGCAACACCCAGAUGGCCCCAAUGCACUGUCUGGGUGGGGAGACCGUUGACUCGUCUUUACUCAUUUGCUUUGCUUGUAUACUCAAGCCUCUUCUCGAAAAGGACCCGAGGUAGCUUACAACAGACAUCAACAAUGGCUUCAUAAAAUAAAUCCAGAAAAAUCAGAAACAAAAGAAAAGAAAAUGCCAGUAUGCUCAUCGUAAGGGACAAGGGUGUGCCUCUGAGCUGUUUGGCGAGGAGACAAAAAAAAAAAAAAAAAGGAAAACAUAAUUGGUGGUUUUAUCAGAACCAAAAUGCCAGUUCUCAGGGGACCAAAAUUUCUGUUGGCAUGAAAUAUAAGAAGGAAGUCUUCCCUCAGAGCUUUAGAGGAGGAGUGCUAAGUAAUAAAACGGAUAAAUGCAGCCGCAGAUGUCAAGUGGCUGAUUAUUAUACUGACCUUCAGUCAAAAUUAAAGACAGAACCCUGUCUGGCCCGAUCUGGAGCAGGCUGUUCUACAAGGAAAUGAACUUCUGCCAUCCAAAUAUAUAGACUUCCUUUGGUAUAACAUGAUCUAAGGAGAGAAUUUAGAGGUUUUAGUCUGGCGUCUGCUUCUAAAUUCUGUUUUUAUUUAUGAGCCUUACCCCUUUGGGGACAUUCUCUUUGUAAAAUCAGAUUUCAGACACUGCGCACAACAAAUUGUGCUUGAUUUAAUAACCUCUACUUGCUUUAUCAUAAGUCUGUGUGGUUCGAUGUAUUUUACUAUACUGGUAUAUAUAAUUCCUACUUACACUGUUUCUUGUUAGAGGUAACGCAUGAAUUUAUUCCCCUUGAGGAGAGAACAUGAAUUAAAAAAAAAAAAUAGUGACUGUAAUAUAAUAUGAUGAUUAUGGUAUCAUAAGCAAUAAAUUUUUUUUUUACAAAACUUGAAUCAAAAUUAUCCUACCCUCUUUCUUCUUUGUGUAUUUUAAGAUUUAUUGAAGGAAUCAUAAAAAGAACACUCAUAAAAAGUUUAACAAUGAAGGCAGCUGGGGUGUAAUUGCAGUUGACAAUAUGUUUCAGAGUUUCUGGUAGACUUCCAGUGCCAAAUAUCACGUCGCAAUCUAAAACCAGAUAUCCCGGCUUUGAGUUCAGAAUGUAAGGUCUCAAUAAAAAUUUUUGUAGAGAGACCGCUGGCGUUAGACCUGAUUGUAGGGGAUCCCCGCUCUUCACUCACACCUGUAAGAUCUUGAGUAAGUCAAUCAGCUUCCCGGGAAUUUAUUUCAAACACACUGAUAAUACAUGGCUCACGGGAUUGUUGCAUAGAUUUUCAAAGAUAAUGGAUGUGAAAGCACUUUGUAAAAUACUAUAUGCAUGUCAGAGACUGGUAUAAAACUGCAUAUAGAUGUAUACACAUGCGUCCAACAAUAUGUAAACUUUUCUAACUGGACCCAUAUUUUACACACACACAUGUACACACACAAACACACACACACACACAUCCACUUCUCCUCCUUCCAGUUAACUAAGUGUCUCAGUCAGAGGAGGAAAGUGAAACAUUUUAAAUCCUACCUCCUGCCCCCAUUCUCUUCUCUCUUUACAACUGGAGGCCCCAUGAACUCGGGAAAUCCUGGUCGCUCAGGUUCCCACUUCUCCCAAACACAUUAUAGAACAUGAACAGGCCAGAAAUGACAAGUUCUACCAGCAUCAGUUCACCUUCCUUUCUUUCCCUUGCCCAUCCUCUCUGGUGAGUGUCCUGUGGAGAGUGAUGACGCAAUCACAAGUGGGAUAGGGGAGUGGGGGGGGAAUUCACCUCAUAAAUAACCAACUGUGAUAUUAGGACUGACAUCUAAUGUUCAAAACAUAUCCUCUCAGACUCUCUCACUCUCUCACACAA